AUGAUUAAGCUGUAUCUAGUAUAAAAGCCUUAUGGAGAAGAGGAACCCAUUAUGAUUAAAUUCAACACCUCCAAGAAAUCUUUGAGUGAUUUGAAGGACUAUAUAUCACAAUAAUUUGAUAUAUAAGUGUGCAAAGUAUUCAAAGAAUCAAGUGGACAGCUUAUCCAUGAUUUAACUGAGUUAUAGAAUGAAGAAACCAUAUAUUUUUCAAAUGAUGAAACAAUUAUUGUUACAGAGACUCAAGAGCCAGAGGCUUUAUCAAUGAAUUCCUCUAUGAUCGACGACUUGCUGUGCUAAAAGGACCUUCAGAAAUAGUGCUGCAAUAGCAAUAAUUUCAACGAUCUCUCAGAGAGGAGAGAUAUCGAGACUGCCUCGACUAUUUACAAGUACCAAAAGUUCAAUGUAGCUAUCCUAGGAGAAAGUGGAGUUGGAAAGACUCAAAUUAUCACGCGCAACCUAUUCUCCAAAUUUUCUAACGACUACUCCAGCACUAUUGAGGACUUCUAUAGCACCCUAGUUCGUCUAAAUAGCAAUGUUUCAACUUCUCAAGUCUUGAGGAAUUCUAACACCACAAGCUAGUUUAAUAAUUCACUGGAUCAAAUUGACAACUAGUUAUACAAGUUAAAUAUAGUGGACACAGCUGGUCUUGAAGAGUUUUAAGGUGUUAGAGAUCACUCUUUAUGUCAGAAGGAUGGGUAUAUAUUUGUUUAUGAUGCUACCAAUAUUGAAACGUUGAAGGUCAUCGACCUGUACAUAGAGAACCUUUUACGAAUUUAGCAUGAAAUUAAGGGUAAACUUCCCAUGCUAAUAUGUGGUAACAAAUUUGACGAUGAAACAUAGAUUGAUGUAGCUCCGAUAUAUAAGAUCAUAAACUAGACUAUAGCCAGAUACAAGAAUAGGCUAAGGAUAAGAUUCAUUCAGUGCUCAGCGAAGACAGGAAACAAAAUAGAUUAGGUAUUCACAACAAUCACGUAGAUGAUUAUGAAUAAUGAAAUGAGAAGGGAUAUCGAUUUGGAAUCUGAUUCUACCCUUAAUAGCAAUGUAAAUGGAAGUCUAUUUCGAUCACAUAGAAUGCUUCAGAAGAAAGUCUCUAUGGCUAAGAAAAUUCGUGAGUCUAACUAAAGAGGCCAUUGCAUUCAACCAAGAGGAUCAUUGAAGUGUAAUAUAUUUUGA